CUUUUGAAAAAGUUAAGUCUGAUACUCUGGUUACAGGAGAUAACACUUUUUGUUCUUCUUGGUGCACUCCCUCAUCCAUUAGUUGCUAAUUACUUGGAAACAAAUAAACAAUUAACUCCUCUUGCCUCUUGGUGGGAGAAUCUUCAUUGACAUGCUAAAACUUUCUAAUAAAAGAUUUUAAUUAAUGACGUGGCAAAUCCAACCCCCUUGUUGACAAAGCUAUAAGAAAAGACUUGUUAAGUAAAAGCUGAAUUAUGGUGUGGGGAGGUUGGCAAAAGAAUGGCAGGCAGAUCGUUGUAUGCUCAUAAUGCAGCUGCUUCUUAUCAUCAUCAGAAUAAAUCCAGUCUUGGGGAAGGCAAAAACACUUCCUUUUCAUUUUCCAUUGAAAAUAUUUUGGGAUUAGAGCGGGAAAAAGAUGGUACUCCAGCUGCAAAACCUCACAGGCCAUGGGUGGAUAAAUGCAGUAAUUUAGGAGAAGAUUGUUUGCCCUGCCUGCACCUCUCUUCAAUAUACUAUGCACUCCCUUUGUAUAAUACAAGCAACUGCCGAAAAGCUGAAGAAAGAGUUUUGAAAUGUGAAAACUAUUUCGCAGUGAAUGAAAGAUUUUCUUACAAAAGGGACUUGAGUUGGUACAGAGGUAGGAGGCCAAGGACUGCAUUCACUCAAAUCCAGAUAGAAAUACUGGAAAAUGUUUUUAGAGUGAACUCUUAUCCUGGCAUUGAUGUUAGAGAAGACCUGGCUCAAAAAUUAGAUUUAGAUGAAGACAGGAUUCAGAUCUGGUUUCAGAAUCGCAGGGCAAAACUGAAAAGAUCCCACAGAGAAUCACAGUUUCUAAUGGUGAAAAAUACUUUUUCUCAAACAAUUAUAAAAUGAAAAGAAAUAUGUAGAAUGCAUUAUUUUACUGUAGUAGAUGAAUUCAUCAUAAACCACAGUAUGUUAUCAGAAAUUUAUCAUAUUAAGAUAGGUUUCAAUUUUAUUUUUUACAUGAGUGUAAUGAUUUUAUUGUAAAAGUAAACAAUAAAUAUUAUUGUUUCAUGA